AUGAGUAAAAUCAGGGAUUCUAGCUUACAUGAAGAAUUCCAGGAUGAUAUAAGCACCAACAUUUGCGAUGAUGAGACAUUUACUUCGUCCUCCAGAACUACGGAGCAAGCAAAAGAAGAAGCAAUGAAGUUGUUGAAAUCCGGGGCGAUAUCAUUUGACACAGGAAAUGAGCGACAUAUCUUCAAACGAAAACUGAAGGAAUCGGACAGUGGUGAUUCUGAGGAUAUUCCAGAACUUGGAAAGGGCAGAAAACUCAGCCUAUACGACAACUUUGUUGCCGGCGAUCGAAUCAAUCCUAUCAUCUCCUCACCGAACAAGCAAAAGUCGUCAUCAUCUCAUGACGGUCCAUCGGACAGUCAUCAUGAUUCCACUACGCGGAACUCUCUGCAUAGGUUCGGUUCAUCCGACUUUGAGGGAGAAGUUAGGAAGGGUAUGGGGGGGUCUACCAUCUACAUCAGUUUCAAUAAUAUCAACGAGGCGAAUGUACGUGAAAUCCUGGAACCCUACGGUCCCAUUUUGAAUAUCCGAAUUGACGAAAAAAAGUGUUAUGGAUUUGUUACUUUGAAAUCUCAUGAAAUUGCCGAGAAGGCCCUUCAGCUGGAUCGGACAAGAUUUAACAAUAAUCGUUUACGCGUGAACUAUGCCAGGCGUCAGCAUCGUAUCCAUGAUGGUAAGUUCGAGAAUAUCAUUGAGCGCUCAUCCUUGGGAUCUACACCUAGGGGUGGAGAAAAUGAAGUUCUUGUCGCAAUGUUCUGCCACCUGGUUGUGCGGUGGGGUUGUCGUUUUCCUCAUCUACUGAACACGUUCCGCACCUUUUCCACGAAGAGCUCCCCGGUAUGCGUGGAUGUCUACGUGUCGGCGGACCGUACCAAGUUCUACAGGUCCUUAGGUCUCUUUUGCCUCGCUCAAGGCUCUGUAUGGCUUGCCCUUGGUCAAUACCUUCUGUUAAUGCGUGACAAACCAGUGACGUGGGAAGUCGCGAAGAGAGAUGCCUGUGAGUUCACUCGGCUUCUUGUCGCUAAGCUGCAAUCAUGGAUGCCUGACGCUGUCGACAAGGUCGUUUUUCAGUCCAACAAGGCCCCACAAAUGGAAGAAAAUGUGGUGAAGGCGGCGGAAGUGGCUGAUGCUAGAGUUAAUGGUACGAAGAAUAAAGAGACAAAGACGUAUAUGGAGUCUAGAGCGGAUAGGAUGAGCAGGGCAACGACUGAAGAAGGCGACGAGGCUAGUCAGAAGGAGCGGGCUCAAGCAAAGCAACUAGUGCCUUAUCUCUGUUUCAUCAUGGGCGCCUUCACUCUCUUCGUGGGUGGUUUUGUUCCACGCCGUGUGAUUCGCCGUGUCUCGCUGUUUCAGUGGAAGUCAGCGCAGGAUGGCGCUGAUUAUCCUAAUAAUCCGAUGAUGAGAGUGAACACCUACGGUUGGUUUGGAUUAUUCCCCAGACGCGGAGCACUGUUUGCCGCACGGAUGAACAACAUCCGGGCCACCGCGGAAUACCGUGAGGGCAACAGGUUUAUGAAUCUCAUCAUUGUAGGGCGACCCUUUGCUUUCUACUUGGAGCGUCUUGAGGCUGAAUUCGCCCUGCCGGAAUACUUUGAACUCCUCAAUUCCAAGGCAUUCUUGAAGUAA